AUGUAACAACAUGAGGAAUUAAGUUUUGGACAAGUAUUGUCAGUCGAGAUUGCGAAUAUCGGAGAUUACAAGAAUAUGUUUGGAACAAAAGCUUUGACUCUCGUACUAAUACACUUUGUGUCAUUGAUGAGCUUUAGUUUGAAAUUUGAAAAAAACCAAGGAUAUGCUUAUUUUACCGACGUAAAGUUAGAGGUUAUUGUAGUUUUUAAGUGUAUUCACACGACCUCCGGAUUUAUUGUUCAUACCGAUCUGCAUCUUGAUUUUGAUACUGUACUUGGUUUUAUAUGGCUGUCUACUGUUGAUGUCGUACUUGCGAUAUCGGAGUCAGAACAAGAUAACGAUGUCGAAGAAUAAAUUCAAGAGAAUGCACAUGGGGUUGUCGAUGGGGAUUGAAAGUGCAGUGUGGCUUAGUUGUCCAAUUGUAGACACUUGAUUAAAUUCUAGUUAUCUAUCAACUUGGGGUUGUUCAAUAAGCAAAGUAGUGCCUGGAGUGCAAUGCCCAUCGUAAACAUAUUUCUGCACUCCAUCAUUGUGUUAAGUUACUUCUACUUCUAUCGCAGUUAUCAAUUCAAUCAAUUGGGAUUGUACAGAACAUUCAAUCUGGCCUCCUAUUGUUACUAUUUGAUUGUGAUAUUUAUAGUAGCCAUAGAUUGGAAUUCAGAUUUGAAGAUCCAGCCAUAUAUUUUUUGGUUGCUUAGCAUUUUCAAAUUGAUUGACACGAUAUUGUUUUUGCCCUACAGGAUGACAUUUGAAAAUCAAGUAUAUAUGUUUGGAUGCACCGGAUUAUUCAUAGUGUCCCUAUUGGGUUCUCUAUCUCAAAUUACAUCUUCCAUAAGUGGGGACAACAUCUUUGAGACCUUCCUCUUAGCAUUUCCAAUAUUCCUUUAUUUAUUUAGAUAGUUGUAAAGUCAUAAAUGGUAGGAUUUGAUCCUAUACAUGCGAACAGGUUCAACAAAAUAGCUGGACAUAAAGAAAUUGUGUUCGUCUUUGGAAGCACUUGUAUGGUACAUAGAGUAGGCCAGGAUGGAUUCCUAUACAUUCAUGCUUUCCCUUUUUGUGUUAAAAUAUCACACUGAAAAUUGUAAUGAUCCAAAUUGUGAAUGCAAAGAAGAUUUAUCUAAAUCCAAUACUCAAAAUGGAGAAAGCAUGACACAUAGAUCAUCAUUCCAAUCCCGAACAGCUUUGUUAAGUAAUGCAGAUAAGAACAGUAACAAUUAGAACAUUUCUCAAAAUUUGGAUGUCAGUUAAUUUCAGAAGACAAUCAAAGAUGGAAGUCGAAAAAAUGAUUCCUUUGCUGGAGGUAUUCAACCACAGUAUGAAUAAUAAAACAUAAGACCAAAGGCUAUCAUAUUUUAACCGAUGAAAUUUGUCCAGAAUAAUAUAAUCAAUGAAGAUCUUAUAUCACAAUAUGUCAAAAGAUAGUUCCACCAGACUAUUUAAUAAUUGUCAUUUUCUUUGCAUUUAGACGAAGUUGAAUAUUUAUCUUUGAAGUACAUUUCUUUUAUGUUCUCCUUCAAACAGAACAGUCUUUCUUCACUUACAAAGCUAAAAUAAAUUUAAAGCAGAACAGUUUCAUUCUCAUACUUCUUUAGAAAUGUUACCAAAGUAACCGAGUCAUAGUUUAUUGAUGCUCUUAAAUUGAAGCAUUUCGAAGACAAGAACUCAUAUGAUGAUGUAGUCAAAAUGAAUGUUACUGAAAUUUGGCGGUUAGAAAUGGUUAAAGAUAAUAUUGUUAAGAGUAUUGUUUCUGUUUUGAGGAAAAAGAUAACACUAUGGGAGAAUUUGUGUUCUGGUGACAUUCAAAAUAUGAAUCGAUUUUUAGAGGACAUUAUAAAGAUCUCACUUUAAAUAGAAGAAAGUAGAAGCAAGGUUGAUAUGAUCUUGAGUGACUUCAACAAUCAAGUUCAAAGAAACUACAGUUAUUAUCUCAAAUAUCAAUGUUUUAGAUCUCUUUUUUUUGAUUCAGAUUAUAAAUAGGCAGUCAUAUUCUAAAGGAAAGUCGAAGAUUCAUGGCAGUUGAGUAGAGCAGCUCAAAAGUAAGGAUAGAUUGGUAAUUUCCAAUGGCUUUCUGGAGAUCUAGUAACUUUGGAAGUGAGUGCUGGGGUGUAGAAUGGUUAAAUCAUUAAAGGCGUUUCAAAUAGAUUAGUUGAUAUGUUAGGAUAUUCUAAUUAUGAAGACAUGAUACAAAAUCUACGAAUCAGGGGUUUGCAGUCAUCUCACUAAAACUAAAAUUCAGAUAAAUUGUAAAUUUCUAGUAUUAUGCCUCCAUAUUUGACUGCUUCUCACAACUAUUUCAUUACCAGAUUCAUCCAUAGAGGUUACACUUAUUAUUAUGAUAAACCAAUCAAUUCCUAUGCUUGUGAUGCCUAAGGGUUUGUAUUUCCAGUCAACAUCAAUUUAUCUUUUAAUUUUUAAAACCUAUCUGAUUUUACACUCUUGGGAUCUAUUUUGAAAAUUAAAGAUGAUGACGAAUAUCUGAUAUUUGAUGAAUGGGGUCGCAUUUUAGGUGUGUCUAUGCAUACCUUUGAUAAAUUGAUACUAAAAGGAGCUUUAGAUGAAUUUGGUAUGGUACAAUAUAAAUCUGUCAAUGCAAAAUUUUAAAAACUUGGAAAUCUUAAAAAUGCCUUACUCCAUAAGAUUGCCAGAGAUGAUAAUGCCAAAUUGUUUAAAAAGACCAUUACCAUGCAUUAAAAAUAAAGUACUACAAAAAGUCAAUUAAAAAGAACAUAUCAAAAACCAUCUGAUAUUUUAUUGUAAUUCGGAAGCAUUCAACACUUUUUGCCAUAGGUUGGAAAAUCUAUUACAGAUUUAUUGGCUAAAGACAUCUUUAAAAAGUUACAGAGAGAAUCUCAAGAAUAAUUUAAUAAAUUAACAGACAAAGCUUAAGAUAUUUAAUAAUAAAAUAAUAAUAAGUUAUUCGAAAAGUAAGCCAGCAACAUAUUCUAAAGAUAAAUAAGUCAAUUUAUUGACAGAUAACAAAGCUUAAAUUAAGGAGGAUUGUCCAGUGCCAUGCUGGAUAAGGAUCAAUAUAGAAACUUCAUAAUGAAUAAUUUUAUUGAUGAGAAGGGAUUGAUGAAAAAGAACAUGUCCUUAUUAUAGGAUGAAAGGCUGGUUCUUUAUGUCCCUAGAAAUUAUAAUGAAUUAAUUGAAUACUUUAAUGAUGCGGGUGAAAGAUUUAUGGAAAGUAAAAAUGAUAUGGAAACUAAAUCUAUACGUAGACAACAAAUGCAGAAUAAAUACUCAUACAUUAAAUAGUAAUAAAAUUGUUAUCAUUUAUUUGAUGCUGAAUUCUAAGAUUUUAUUGAUAACAAAGUAAGAAAAUAUUAUUCAAAAGCCUUGUUAAAAGAAGCCUUAGAGUCUCAUGAUGCCAAACUACUUCAAUAAGUAAGAUACAAGUGUGUUUCAUCAAUUGAUGUGGGUGUCGGAGGCAUUAGUGACAAAGAUCAAUUCUUAUAUUUUGUGUGCAAACUAUCAUCUUUGAAUCUCUAAACAGCCAAAAGGAAGGAUGUCUUAAAAAUCCAUUUGAAGAAAGAAAAAAAUCAAUAGUUUGAUGGAGGUGAAGAGUUAAGGAAAAGCUUGAUUUAAUAGGCCUCCUCCCUCGAUUCAUUCGAUAAAGAGAAACCCAGGAAAUCAUUACCUUUUUAAUAACAGGAGAGUUUCGGUCCUCCUCAAUAGCAAAUUAAAUAUAAAGGAGAGAUUGAUGAACCUAUUAUAGUCACUUUAGCCAUUCCAGAUAGCAGAACUUACUUAUCUUCACUUGAAAGAGAUGAUGGACCAAAUAUGAAGGUCAAAUUUGAAGCUUAAAAUUAAAAGUUAAACGACUCUUCUUUUGAUAUUGAAAAUUCAAUGAAAGAGAGCUUUAUUCCCACUGGUGGUAAUCACUCAAUGACUCAGUCGUUGAAUUUAAAUGUCCCAUAAUUAAUGAGGUAAAACUCUAUUGAAAAAAUGAAAUAAAUCUAAAAUCAAAAUCAAAGUAAAGAAUAUUUAAAGGAGUAAUCCAGCAGUCUUUCAGAAAAAAAAGAGGAACCCCCCAAGAAAAAACUUAAGUUAUCAUUUUUAAAGAAAAUGGAAAAAGCUCUUGUUCCUAAAGAUCCACCUUCUGAAACUCCUACAACUCCAGUUGGCCCAACCUUUUUAUAACCUUAAUAAUAAAAAUAACAAUAGCAAUAACAAUAACAAGAGAAAUAACCUUCAUCACUUUCUGUACCAGAAGAAAAAAAGAACUCCUUAUUGAAUCCCACUGGGCUGUUUGCUAAAUUAUUUGGAAGGUUGAAUCUCAGAAGAGUAUCAAACAUCGAGAUAAAAAACGAUCAAUUUGAAGCAUAAGAUCAAGGUUUCAGAGAACAGUCUGAAAAUUCUGAGAAGGGAGAUAUGAAAAGAAGUGGACAUAGUACUCCUUCAGGUACUAAUUCAAUGUCUAGUAAUAACAUCACAAGCUAGGGAGAUCAGAAAGAAGAUGAUGAAGAAUUAAACAAUGAUGAUGAAUUAGUCAAUAUUUUUGAAGUCAUGAGUUAAGCUUCAAAUCAUUAAUCUAUUAAAUCCAUUUCAGCAAUUUCUAUGGCUACAUAGAUAUCAUUGAGGUGUCUUAAAUAUAUGCCAAGAUAAGCCAAAUCACUCUAAAUAUUCAAGAUUAUUUUAAUCAUCUUAAAUAUCUCAUGCAUUAUUAGUUUGUUGUUAACAACUUAAAAUUACUUUAAUAAUUUGAGUGUGGAUAAUCUUAGUUUGAGGAUUAAUAAUUAAUAUCGAUAUUCAGCUAUAAUUCUUUAAUCCUCAAACCAAAUUGAUCAAUAAUCAAUAAUUACUUUUGAUCAAAUCCCUAACAUCACUUUAAUGAAUGAGAUUAUCUCUUAUUGCUAUAAUCUUAGUUUAAAUAUUAGUCAAUCCUACUUUGAUGUUAUCGACUCUAUACAAAGUGAGGUUUCCUUCCCAUUGCCAUAAUUAGAUGUUCUUCAAAUUCCAGAUGAUUAUUAUAUUGUUUCUCUUUAAGAGUUUUUAACCUAAUAGAAAAUUGAGAUUGAUUCUAUAGAGUUAAUCAGCACUUACAAUAGGAGUGAUGCUACAUUCCGAUAAUUGUAUAAUAAUUCAAUAGAUUAUUUAUUGAAUAGACUGAUAUUCACUUAAUCACAAAUCAAUAAUAUGAGUUAGCAAUUAAGAUCGAGCAAGAAUAAUGAUGUACUUAGUAAAGCUCUAAUUGUAACAUAUCUGAUGGCCAGUUUUGGUGCUUUACACUUGGUUGUAAUCCUUUUGAUUGUUCCCUUUAUCAGAUAAAUUAACAAUAUCUAUUUUCGUGUACUAUGCAUUGUAAGCAGGAUUACACAAGAAGAGGCUGAGGAUGAAAUUAAAAAGUUAACUCUAUCUUAGCAUUUACUUGAAACUUAGGAUGAUUCAUGGGUCACAUAAAACCAAAUUAAGCUCAUCUUUUAUAAUAAAAGCAAAGAAAUUGAUUUAAAUGAGAAAUACGCUAAGAAUGGGAAUGUCAAAGCUAAAGGAAAGGAAAGCUCAUACUUUUAUUCUAAAUUAAGUGAUACUACUUUGAGUAUUUGGAAAGACAUGGGAUUAUACAUAAUGAUUUCAUCGAUUUCCAUAGGCUACUUAAUUUUUUCUAUUGUUAUUAUUCAAACUUAAAUCAAUACAUUUACUCCUUUUAUUGAAAAUUUUGAUGAAACUGUUAGUACAAGCGUAUAUACUGCUAGCUUAAUUUCGAAAUUAUCCAUCACUCCUCAAAGGUAUUUAAAUUUAGAAUCUACCAGUAUUCCUUCACAAUUCACCUUAUUGAAUUUCUAACAAAACUAAUAGAUUUCAUACUUCCUAUAAACUAUAUCCUCUGAUACUAACAAAAUCAAAUCGUUUAUUACUGACAUGCAAAAGUUUUUAGAACAAGUAAAUUUGGAUUAUGGGUAUGAUUCUAAUUCCUCAAAGAUUUUAAUUACUUCUGAGAAUUAUCAAUCAAGAAUACCAUAUAUUUAAUAAUUAAGUGUAUUGAGUGAAAUUAAUCAUUUACUAAAGGACAACCUAUGCUAUUAUUCUGAAGAGACACUCUGCCAAUAAUAAUAAUAAUUUGACUACUUUAAUACUGGAUUGAUGGGAGCAUUAGAUGUUCUAUAGAAGAUGGAAUUCAGUUAUUCAACUUUUUUAAAUGAGUAUCAUUAAAUCCAAUAUUCAGACUAAUAGAACAAUGCAAUUCAAAUUAAUGCUUAUUACAAUUCCUAAGAUUAUCGGUUUUUGGUGAUGUAUGGAUAGGAAUUAAUUUUCAAGACAUUUGAUCGAUUAGUAUUGUUAUUGGAAACUUUCUUGAAUGAUGAAAAGGACUCAAAAAAAUAAUUAAUUUAGAACUUAUUUAUUGGCAUAGGUAUACCAAUUAUGAUUUUGACAAUACUAUUGGCAGCUUUGGAAAUGAAUUUAUUGAAGUAAAAAGUUAGGAGAGUUAUGUUGUCUCUUACUUUUCUGCCUACUUUUAAGUUUUAGGAUAAGAUUGUCCUUUCCCUCAUUAAGGCUAUCCUCAAAAUUUGA